UUUCUAUUACAUUCGCUCCAGCAUCUGAUUUUUCCUGAACUGUACAGUACCCUACAUGUACUCUCUGAGUACCGUACCUGUACUAGCUAGUACACGUACUGUAAUGGGCUGCUCCGCAAAUAAAGGAGACGAGCAGGGCCUGAGAAAAAGAAUCAGAAGCACAAGACCCAUGCAUCCACAAUCCACAAUCCAAAAGCACGGGUGUGUUCCCUCGUCGUCGUAAUAUCAUCAUCAAAAAGGGAAACAAAAGGAUAGAAACAACGAAACAACCUGACAGGUACAGUAGAUACUGCUCAAUGGAGGCCAACUUCCACAACAACGUAGUCCAUGAUGAUGCCAUUGCCGGGCUGGCAGCCGGUGGCGAAGUUGAGGCACAGGGAGAAGUGCAAGUUGGCGGACAUGAACCACAACCACCGCCAGCACAGCUCCAACCACUGGAGGGGCCACCCUUUCGCAUGGAUGACCCAGCUCGAAUGCAGCUCUCAAACGAAGAGCGACAAUGGGCACUGAGUAUCAAAGCAUCAAUUGAAACUAACAAUGAAAUUGACCCAGUAUCUGAUUUCGCAUGUGUACACCUGGCCAUGAUCUUUCAAGGAGAUGUGGAAGCAGCAGUGGAGAGUGCCCUUCACCUACAAUGUUUUCGACAAGACUACGAUAUUAUGGACACUCUGAGUGACAGUAGGAGAGCACUGGCAAAACUCAUCAAGCUAUUCCCAAAAUUCUACAUGUCCUACAGUUUCAACAAGGAAGAUGGUAACUAUUAUCUGGUCUACGAUGUCACACAGUUUUGCAUCAAGAAGAUGACAAGGACUGAAAUGUUCACCACCUUCAAUGCUGGGGCAUACUUUUUUAAACAUGCUAUGACUGUUGACUUUGCCUUGAUGAGAAAGGGGUCUGUUUUCAUUGCUGAGUGUGAGGGUUACAGCUGGACGAAGCAUAUGGAUAUAUCCAUGUUCCAAAGAGUAUGGCUUGAAGUGGUAUGGGCAUACCCUGUUCGGUAUCAUGCAGUCAAAGCUUACAAUACUGGGGUUAUGUUUAAUGUGUUCUGGAGUACACUGAAGAAACUCCUACCAGCCAAGAGUGUGGGCAAAUAUGAAGCAGGGUAUCAAUUUGAAGGUCGCCUAGAUUCUAUCUUCAUGGUACCAACUGUGGAAGCUGCAAAUCAAACACUCCUUCAUAAUUUGGAUCUUAUCUUGCAGAGGAGAUAUGAUUUGGAGAAGUCCUUCUCACUUUCUGGUGACAGCGCAGUUGAUAAUUAAGAAAUACAGCCGCUCUUCGGAUGGGUCUUGCUGGCCCCAGCCGCUGCACAAGAGACAUGUCUUCUAGCUACCUAGCUAGUGUUCAAAUAAAACCACUCCUUCGUCUUUAGCCAUACCGAAAGAUCCUUAUCAGCACGGAUGCAUCUAUAGCCCACGAAAGCCGCACGGGGAAGCACUG